ACUGAGCUCAAAGAGUUGGUAUUUUUUUGUUAUAGGACAUUUGCGUUUUUGAGACAAUUGGUUGGAUAGUUUUUCUGGCUUCAUCCUCUUUCAGUUUUGAAAAGAACCCUUCAUAUAGUUUGGCGAAGUUUUGAUUGACUGUUUGGGAAGAUAGUAACCGCAUUGUUAGGAAAGGACAUAUGUCCGGUUUUAUUUGUCCGCUUUCCAGGAGUCCUUUAACUUUUCAACAUAGCAAAGUUUCUGUCGACUGUAGUAGUUUUUGUAGCCAUCCGCUUUUGCUAACAAGUAGAGUGCUGUUUAUUGCACAAGAAAUUCGUGUGGGUGGAGAACGCUUCCGGAGUCAAAGGUUUUUUUGUCCUAGAUACAACUUACAAACAGAAAACAGCUUUGUUUACAGCACCAGUCUGGUUGCAACACGAGACAUCGUUUGCAAAGGUUAUCCUGCAAAGUCGCGAACAGCUUUGGCAGUGGCUACCUUAAGUAAAGGGGACACUUUGGCAAUAGUCGGUACUAAAAGUGAGACUCUUCGUAACCGUCCAAAACUUCCAAAUUCAAAUAAUUCUGGAUCUACAAGGAAGAAACAAAGAGUAACUUCCGAGUUGCAAAACCGAGACUAUACUGAUGCCGAGUUGUUAGAAAAUGCUCUUUCCUUGGAGAGCUGUGGAGACGUUCUUCAAUAUUGCUCUGAUAAAAGCUUUGCGAAUGACUUUUCGAGUUCAGGACCUUCAGAAAGAUAUUCUUUGAUUCGCUCUUCCCGAAAAGGUCGAAAGCUCAACAACCUUGAAGAUAUUCCUUUAGAAGAUAUUCGACAUCUCGAAAAGCAAGAAAGAGAAAUUCUUUCCAUGGCUAUUACCAAGGAAGAUGCUAUGCUUAUUGAAAGUAUCGUGAAUAGACCAACUACUGUUUCCACAAAACAGUUCAAAAAGGGUUCUUCUAUGGGUGCAUUUUUAAAAGAAAUUGGCAGCGUUCCUCUUCUGAAUGAGAAUCAAGUUAUAUCAUUAGCUAGAGAGAUUCGAAAACUUGCGCUGUGGAAUGCAACUCGAAUACAGUUGCGACAGCAGUAUGGUAGAGAACCGGAUAGAGUUGAAUGGGCCAAGUCGUUGAAUAUGUCAUCAGAAGAACUCACUAGAAAUCUUUUGAGAGCACAAAGAGCCAGAGAGUCUUUGGUUGCAGCCAAUCUUCGGUUAGUAGUUUCCGUCGCAAAACAAUUUACGAACAGAGGACUUUCUAUGCAAGAUCUUAUCCAAGAAGGCUCCAUUGGUCUUAUAAAAGGUGCAGAACGUUUUGAUUAUCGUAGAGGUUUUCGCUUUUCUACUUAUGCAAUGUGGUGGAUUCGUCAAGCGAUGCAGAGAGCCAUUGCCGAUACUUCCCGUCCCAUUCGUAUUCCAUCGACAAUUUCGGACCUUUCUGUUCAGAUUUACAGAGCCCGAUUGGAGUUGUCUAGUUCUUUGGGAAGAGACCCAACCGAUGCUGAACUUGCAGACUGUUUAGAUAUAUCUGUGCAGCGUCUACAGGAUGUGAAACUUUAUACCAACCAGUCUGCCACAGUUUCUUUAGACGCUCCCCUUGGUCAUCAAACCACGAAUAGGUCUAUAAAAGCAAAAGGGACAGGAGACACUGAUCAAUUUGCUUCCAAAGGAGAAGGCAAAAUCUCCAAGGGCGUUUAUGGGUCACGUCCCAAGCUUGGAGACUUUACCCUCGGAGAUACCGUACAAACAGAUGACUCUGUGUCACCUGAACAUAUGAUGGCUGAUUCAUUAAUGAGAGAUGAUAUUGAAUGUGCUCUUUCUCUUUUGAAUCCAUAUGAAAGAGAAGUCAUUCGCAUGAGAUUCGGUUUAGACGAUGGUCGAAUGAAAAGCAUAGAUGAAGUUUGUGCAUACUACUGUGUACAAACUAGUCGUAUUCGUCGAAUAGAAGCUCGUGCCUUGAGAAAGCUACGUCAUCCAUCUGUAUGGCAUAUGCUGCGUGACUAUAUAAGCAGUUAAACUUAUUAAAUGUUCAACAUGUCAAGUAAAAAGCAUGAAUUCGUA